AUGACGCGGUUACCAGGGCGGUUUGGGCUAGGUCGAGCUCAGAAUAGCUCGACCAGAACCAGGUUUCGCAAGCACAAGGUCAUACUAGAAAGCGUGACCCAAAAACGAAAGAAGCUUCGGACCAUUCUAUCAUUCGAAGCAGAAGCUCCUCCUGGAUACACCUUUAUACCAGCCGGCAACCCGCGUUUCACGGUAGCCUGCAAGGAGUCCUGCCGCGAACAGGGCUUGAAGAUCUUCACCGUCACAACAACUCCGCAUCAGAAUACCCACAGUCUGUCCCAACAAGUCCAUCGAGUAGGAUACCACUUCCCCAGCACUGUCGUGGCUAAACAGUGCAUGGAGCUUGGCCUGUACAUCUCGGAAAAUGGAAAUGUGGUGCCGUUUGAACAAUUCGGCAGCAAAUCCACUAGGACCGACGGCGACGCAGACGUCCCUCAAAUUACAAUUAAUACUGAAGCCAGAGAUGUGAUUCGCGACCUCUUUCCCAAUAUCCCGGAAGAAGACAUAAAUCAGAUUAUCAAGACGGCUUUUCAAAAAGGGCAACGGAAAGUGGGAACUGCUGUUGAGCUACCACUGGCCCGUAGAGCGCAGCUUGCUGUGGUGGCGCAUAUUCGCCAUGUAUACACGGACUACGACAAGUUGCUCAAAGCGACAUCUUUUCAACAAGCUAGGCGCUCAGUAGAAGAUUCUACUUUAGAAAAGCUCGUUCAGUGGCGUGGUGAUGACGAAAGCGGGAUGCCAGAACUAGAAGAUGUCUUCCGAGAAGUUAUCGUUAUCUCUGAUGACGAGGAAGGGGAUACUGAAGAAGGCGAUUUCAUCGAAAAUGGAAAUACUGCUGCAACCGGCCGGGGUCUCAGUGUUGAGGUCCUAUCAAGUCAAGUGGUUGCCGACCAGCUCGAGGGUACAAACGACGAUAGUAACCAUAUCGUUAGCCCCUUUCCAAUUCGAGUCGGCAGGAAACCCCUUUUCAGUGAUUACAACUUUGGUUCUGAAACCACCAGCCAAGCUUCAAGUAAAGCAAAGGUUGAUCGGCGUGGCUUCAGUCGUUAUCGAGCUUGGGAUCGAGCCAUGGUUCGCUAUCGCGAGAAGGCCCUCUCGAGAUAUGACGAAUCAACAUUGUCUAGGGCCCCUACAGUAACCAGAGACGAACCACCCAUUCCCUCAAGGCCAUUACACAUUCACGGAAAUAAAGUCACAGGUCGGCCUCUCACGCCCAUCGUAGAACGCCAUUUCGAUCCGCCGAUUCAAGGUGUGCUGUAUGACGAUCGGCCUCAUUCCAGCGAUAUGCUCCAUCACAGGAGAGUAUAUGCCUGGCAGGACGGAAGCAGAUUACAAGCAGCCCAACCCAGAGAGCACAAAGCCCCGGAUAUCCUUCAUUUCUCUGACGGCUCAGUUUUUACUAAAAUCACUCCAGUCUCGUCGCGUAAAAGGAAUUCCUUCCCAAUUGAUGUCUCCUCUGAGCCGAUCUUCGUCGCGGGGCCUAGAAUGUCCUCGGAAGGAAAUGAGGCUACCCUCAAACGAGCUCAUCCGACUGCUCAUCGACCGGCCAGCCACAACCGCAGUGGUGAUUCUCCGCGGAGCCACACAAUAGUCCCAUCUAUAGAACGUCGAGAUUCCCCGAUACCCUCAGGAUUCCCGCUUCAGCACAAAAUUAGCGACCCCAAUAUCUUGCCGACUGUUACGCGUGGGAGUUUAGCUUCACAAUAUCGGCGACCACUCGAUGAACUUUCGAGGAGAAUUGAUUUGAUUAACUUGACCGAAGAUACACACGAGUAUCCAAAGAGGAGGCGACUCGACUCCCAGGAAGUAACCCCCGAUCCCCACCGCUCUUCAUAUAGGGAUGAAUUUAUACAUUCCGAGCCUCCAGGAUCAAGAACCCAAUCUGCGCAAGUAUUGAAGCACAAACGAUACUUUGAGCAUGUCUACCAUGGCGAUAAGCAUGACAUGACGCAUAUUAUUAGGACUGAUCCAGUUCCAUAUAUGAUGAACAGGCCCAGAGAGGAGACUACUGACCGGGUAGCAUACCUUCCGCAUACUAGGCUACAUGAUUCCUCUGGUUCACUCCCCCAGGUUCUUCUAGAAUCCCCGGUGGCCUUCGCUGGAUCUGAUAAUGCGCCUUCAGGCCGUCCAUAUGUUGAUGCUCUGUUACAGCACAGGAAUCUGAACCCCAGCGGUGAAAACUACGUAGUGGAAGUUACAAAAGAACCGAUUCUCCGAUCAGAUCGUCCAGUCAGCAGCCAUCAUAGUCGUGGUGCUGGUUCUGAUGAUGCGGUCUGGAGAAGCAAGGCUACUUCCUAUGAAUCGCAUAGGAGAUUGUUAGAGGUCCAAGAUUCUACUUGGUUGGCAGGUUCGAUGAAUGCGCCUCAACCACCGUUGUCAGUGAGUAGGGCGCAAAGACUUGAACGAGUCACUCACAGUCCUGCACAUAAUCCAGAAGAGUUUGCAGACCAACCCAUUGAUUUGACCCUUGACACCAGAGCUGACAAUACACCUCAAUACUAUGGGACGCAAACCCGGCGCAUCUCUUCACAGCCUCCGGUCCUAGAUGGUCAGAGAAAGAGAGACGCGCUUCCUGCGUCAGCAAUGAGACGAUACGAGGUGCAGUUGGAAAGGUCGAUGAACCCUCAUCGCUACGGUUCUACUCCAUUUCAGGAGCGGCAAUGAUGUGUUGUGUUUGGCCUUUUUUUUUCUUUUUUGUCACAACUUAGCUUAUUGUGAGCUGAUUUUGCAUUACACUAUAUUAUACCCGAUCAGGCACUGCUGCAGCUUUACAUGGCGUGUUAUUGGCUGGUUUUGCAUGUUUUAUCAAUGAUACCCUGGUUGUAGAUGUUAUUCCUCGCACAUGUCAGCGUUAUCGAAUGAAUAUGUGCAUAGACACAUCCAUUCC